AUGCCAUUACACUCAAGUCUGGUGCAUCUGUUUCUCGUCCUCCUUACCUUCGCUGCAUGCCGCGUCUGCGCUGCUGUUGUGUCAGACGGCGAUGUGGCAGAGAAAUUGGAAGCGGAGGUGUCCGAAUUGCUUUCCCUCUUGGAGGAGGACGAGGCAGAGGAGAAUGGAGGUGAGUUGGUUGUGGAAGAUGUGAAUGAAGGUGGUAGUGGGAGAAGGGAGGUGCUGGUGCCGGCUGGGUGGCGUCGCUUCCGACGUAGGAUCAGCGGUGCUUUCCGACGCAUUGGUGGGGGCAUUCGAAGGGGCCUCAGGAGAGGAUGGAGAGGUCCUGCUCUCGCCUCGCGCCCGCUCAUCAAUGCAGACGUGUCCCGUUAUGGAGGUAGGACUCCUCCCUCCACGCCAUCGAAUUCCCGCCUGAUUGUGAGGGAGGAGCGAAUGCUCGUUUGCAUCCAUACACUGGCCUCUCUUAAAGGGAGGGGGCGGGUGGAGACAGAGGAACGUGUGGGCAAGGUGCUACAGCACCCGCUUUGCCCUUUGGAAGCGGUCACUGCAGUAAGUGGUGGUGGUGGUGGUGGUGUUGUUGCGGAGUGGUCAAUGCGCUGA